CACUGGGAGACCACAGCGGAAGUUUGCGAGUAUCUACGACUACUUCCGGGUCAACGGACUAAAGCGGAAAAACACAAGCCAGCUGUUGUGAUUCUCACCGUAAAAACCAGCAUGGCGGAUGAGGACGAGGAGCCGGUGUUCGACGAGGAGCUGGAGGAGAGCUCCGGCGGGAUGGACGUCUGCCACGGCAGGAGGAAGCGGCUCUUCUCCAAGGAGCUCCGCUGCAUGAUGUACGGCUUCGGGGACGACCAGAACCCGUACACCGAGUCCGUGGACAUCCUGGAGGACCUGGUGAUCGAGUUCAUCACAGAGAUGACCCACAAAGCCAUGUCCAUCGGGCGCCAGGGUCGCGUGCAGGUGGAGGACAUCGUCUUCCUGAUCAGGAAGGACCCCCGGAAGUUCGCCAGAGUCAAAGACCUGCUCACGAUGAACGAGGAGCUGAAGAGAGCCAGGAAAGCGUUUGAUGAGGCCAACUAUGGCUCUUGAACUCGCCUGCCCAAACCUUUUGGAAGGUCAUUCACCCUGAUGUCAGAUUUCCUGGCAAUGAGAUGAACUGUUUCAGUGAAGGAGCCUGUCUUCUGUUUUAACAGGAGCUGCUACUGGUCAUGUUGUUAUUAUGCCAUUAAUUCCAAUUAAAGCUUCUGUAUGAA